GGCCGUACAGUGUGGAUAAUGCUAGCAAGAUUCACUCUUUAAAUGAUACAUGUUAUUGAAUAGUGGUGCUGGGCUAUUUCUUUUUUUUUUUAACUGAGGUCCAGUGUCGCAAUGUGGCUACCGCUUUACACAGUCUGCACAAGAAGCCAUACGACCUGCAGAAGACGCUUCGCCGCGGCUCUUUUAAAGCUGUCAAGGCACAGACAUCAUGCUAAGGUUUCUUACCUCAGUCAUUCAGCUGGACUUUCUGCACAGACAUGCAAGGCUCUUCAGUACCGAAAACACGGAGACCCCUCUCAAGUCGUGCAGUUGGAGGAUGUGGAUUUGCCCCCUAUAGGUGCAAAGGAUGUCCUAGUUAAAAUGCUAGCAGCUCCAAUCAACCCGUCUGACAUCAACAUGAUUCAAGGGACUUAUGCUAUCCUGCCUGACCUCCCAGCUGUUGGGGGCAAUGAGGGAGUGGGCCAGGUCUUAGAGGUGGGCAGCCAAGUGAAGUCCCUCAAAACAGGAGACUGGGUCAUCCCAAGAGAUGCUGGUCUAGGGACGUGGAGGACUGCAGCCGUGCUACCUGAGGAAGGUGUCAUCUCACUGCCCAAUGACAUUCCCAUGUUGUCUGCUGCCACGCUGGGAGUGAACCCCUGCACUGCUUUCAGGAUGCUCUCUGAUUUUGAAAACCUCAAGCAAGGUGAUUCUGUGAUCCAGAAUGCAGCAAACAGUGGAGUUGGACAGGCUGUGAUCCAGAUUGCUGCUGCGAGGGGAAUAAACACAAUAAAUGUUGUCAGAGACAGGCCGGAUUUCUCACAACUCAGUAAUAGGCUCAAGGCCAUCGGAGCCAGUCAUGUUAUCAAAGAAGAGACACUCAGGCGGCCUGAGAUGAAGGAACUGUUCAAGACUUGUCCAAAGCCUAAACUGGCAUUAAAUGGAGUUGGAGGCAAGAGUGCAACAGAACUGCUCCGUCAUCUACAGGUUGGAGGAUCCAUGGUGACAUAUGGAGGGAUGGCCAAACAGCCUGUUACUGUCCCUGUGAGCGCUCUAAUUUUCAAGGAUGUGAAUGUUCGAGGAUUUUGGGUCACACAGUGGAAGAGAGAUCACUCACAUGAUGACACAGCGUUUAGAGCCAUGCUGGAUGAACUGUGCUCCCUCAUCCGACAGGGAAAGCUGACUGCUCCAGCCUGCACCGAGGUGGGACUCCAACAGUACCACAAAGCUCUGGACACAGCUAUGCAGCCUUUCACCUCAGCUAAACAGAUCCUAAUAAUGUGAACUGGCUGGUCCUAUCUACUACUGAGUGCAGUCCUAAGACUGUUGCAUUGUUGUUCAUGUGUCACUCAGAUAUGUUGCUCAACCGUAUACUCAUUAAAUGUUUUCACACCAGG